AUGCCCCGCCCCCGGCUUCGCCGAUUGGUUCGUAAAGUCUCGACGACAUAUAUUAACCCGAGCUGCCCUAAAGAUGUAGCUGUACAUGGAGAUCGGGCUGGGAAAUCCGACCAGUGUCCACCACAGCUCUGCGUCUGGAAAGCAACCUCAACAACAAAAGCCCACAAGGAUUCGGAAUUGACUCCGGGCAGCGGCGGCGGGCCGCCGGGACUGGGAGGCGGGCCCCGGCCGGUCAAGCGCCGGGGGACGGCCAACCGCAAGGAGAGGCGCAGGACUCAGAGCAUCAACAGCGCCUUCGCCGAGCUGCGCGAGUGCAUCCCCAACGUGCCGGCCGACACCAAGCUCUCCAAGAUCAAGACCCUGCGCCUGGCCACCAGCUACAUCGCCUACCUCAUGGACCUCCUGGCCAAAGACGACGCCAACGGCGAGGCCGAGGCCUUCAAGGCCGAGAUCAAGAAGACCGACGUCAAGGAGGACAAGAGGAAGAAGGAGCUGAACGAAAUAUUGAAAAGCACAGUUAGCAGCAAUGACAAGAAAACCAAAGGGAGGACUGGCUGGCCGCAGCAUGUGUGGGCGUUGGAGCUCAAGCAGUGAGGGGAGCGCUGGAGGACUGGAGGAAAUAUUAUAAUCCCGCUUUACCAGGACUGUGGACCUUCAAGAGAGAUUGCUGAAAGCUGAGGACUUUUUUGAUGUUGUUGUUUUGGAAUCGUCUGAUUUAUUUAUGUGCAAUUUCCCUCCCCUAGUCUCCCCUUGGGGAAAAAAAAAAGACCCAGUGUGGAUCGUGGAAGAAAAGCAUUCCAAAUUUGAAUAUAUGAAUAUAUGAAGAGGAAAAAACCCGCCAGCGUGGUAAGGGGUAAUGUGGUCUCUAUAGUUAUCCCCCCCCUCCUCCUUAUGAAUGUUAUUUGGCUUUGUUUGUAUGGAACACACAGGACAAGCGAAAAAAA